AUGGAUCCCUGGAUGAUACAACCCAUCACUUUCUCAGCUAAAGAUGUCCCGAUUAAUAGCCAAGCUCAUGGAGACCCCCUAGUCAUCACCUUACUCAUUGAAGAAUUGAGAGUCAAAAGGAUACUAGUGGACAGUGGAAGCUCGACCGAAGUCCUCUUCUAUGACACGUUCAAAAGGAUUGACCUAUCUGAGGACAUCUUAAUCCCUUCGACCUACCGAAUGUAUGGUUUCAAUGGGACAGUAACUGUACCAAAGAGGGAAGUCACGCUCAGAGUCUCAGAUGAAGAGGGAUACUUAGAUAUGCUCACCACCUUCUGUGUUGUAGAUGUUGUAUCGCCUUAUGAGGAAAUUAUCGGUCGACCCUGGAUCGCAGGUAUCAAAGGGGUAGCUUCUACAUACCAUCAAAGAUUGAGGUUCCCUACUUAUCAGGGAGUUGUUGAAGUAGUGGGCGAUCCUCAGGUCGCGAGACAGUGUAUGCAACAUGAUAUUCAACAGAACGAAGAAAAGCGAUCAAGGCAGAGUCAAGAAAAGAACAAAGCUAAGGCAGUUAAAGCAUGGGAAGAACUGGAGAAAGUAAUCUCACAAGCGGUCACGGCCUAUGAAGCAGGUGAGAAGGAGAUCUUAUAG